CAAACACCUGGGCAACCUGAGCUUCAACAUCUGGAACAAAAUGAAGGACAUGGUCUCCUACACUCCUGUGAUUCUGGACCCAAACACUGCUGGUCCAUUAAAUGGCCUGUCUGAAGAUCUGACCAGUGUGAGAGUAGGAGAGGAACAGCUUGAUCUUGAUAAUCCAGAGAGGUUUGACGUAUACCGCUUUGUCCUGGGCUCUGAGGGCUUUAACUCAGGGACUCACAGCUGGGAUGUCGAGGUUGGAGACAGUACAAGCUGGUCACUGGGUGUGUUAGCAGAGUCUGUCCAGAGGAAGGGAAGCAUAGAGUCUGGAAUAUGGAGAAUAGGGUUCUAUCAAGGUAAAUACUCAUGGUCAGAUCCAGCCACUGUUCUUGUAGUGCAGACAAAGGUCCAGAGGAUCAGAGUGACUCUGGACUGGAACAGAGGAAAGCUGUCGUUCUCUGAUGCUGAUACUAACACAAACAUUCACACCAUCACACACGCUUUCACUGAGAAGAUGUUUCCAUUAUUUACCAGUUGGGAUGAAGUUCCACUGAAGAUAUCACCAGUGAAGGUGUGUGUGACAGUGGAGCAGAGCAGUUAGAGAUAAAGAGGAUGAUUAUAUUAAUGAUGUUUAUUUAUUAACCCUUGUGUUAUCCUCGGGUCAAAUUUGAACCGUGUUUAC